ACUGAAGAAGCAACACAAUUUCUUACGUUCUCUCGACCAUAUAUAUAUUCGUGAGUAGGGAAAAAGGAAACAAUGCACCCCGACGGAACUACUCCGGGUCAGAUUCCAGCUUCCGGGUACCCAAACUCUAUGAUGGGCCAACCCAUGCCACCAUCUGCCCCGAUGUAUGUUUCUCCCAGGGGCAGAUCUGUUCGCUCCGGGGAAUGGUCGACCAAUCUUUGCCACUGCUGUGAUGAUCCUGCAAACUGUAUGAUCACUUGCUUUUGCCCUUGCAUCACAUUCGGGCAGAUAGCUGAGAUUGUGGACAGAGGCUCCUCAAGCAGCGAACACUCAGGGUGUGCUGCAAAGGGGACAAUAUAUGGGUUGCUGGCGAUGACGGGGUUUGCGUGCCUGUACUCGUGCUUUUACCGGUCCAAGCUGAGGGGGCAAUACGACCUGGACGAGGCUCCCUGUGUCGAUUGUCUCGUUCACUUCUGCUGCGAGGCAUGUGCCCUGUGCCAGGAGUACCGUGAGCUCAAGAGCCGCGGCUUUGACAUGGGCAUCGGAUGGGAAGCUAACAUGGAUCGGCAGAAGAGAGGGAUCAACACGGUGGCUCCUGCAGUGGGACAUGGCAUGACCAGAUAAACAAGGGGAAAGCACAUCGAGAUCGUUUGUUGCAGCAAUGGAUAAUCUGUACUGCUUUUUCACCUUCGAUUCUAUACACCUUUUGUGUUGUUCUAAGGAGAUCCAUUUGUAAAUUCGUUGAGUGUGCUUCAUCUUUGUAACUUCGUACGUCAUUCGUGUUAUCAUGUUUGUGUGAAUAAUCAAUCUUUAGGGAACAAUUUCAUU